GGUGCGUUCACGGGACACGAAGUGGUCCGAGUGUUGUCGGAAACCUAACAGCGACAUUUUGCAAACCUUUCCAAGUAAAGCUUGGCGCGGCCACCGUCGUCAUAUCGACAACACUUUAGAGCAAAGAAACGUUUGUCGUCAUUUGACGUCUCCUAACGGGACCAGACAUUUGCACGCGGAUAUUUCCCAGCUUUGUUGCGGUCCGUGAAGUAAACGAAAACUUGGUCACCAAGCCCGCGGUGAUCCGGUACUGUCGCUUCGUGUCGCGGAUUGUCCUCAAACACUCGACCAGGACCGAGACCGGGACCACGUAAUAAAGCUCUACUUUCUUUCAGCGCGAGAAGGUGCGCCCGGUACCGGAAGUUUCUGUUUGUGUCGGACCGGAAAAAGGCACAUAAAGACAACUCUUUGGUCUCCACGCGGCCGCCGCGUUCGCGCGCCUUAACAAAAGAGACCCCGCGCCAGCUGAGGCCGAUAGAAAGUCUGCUUCGAUAGUCCACUUCCUGGUGCGUUUGUGCUGACUUUUGUUGUUCCGAGCGAUGCCGCUCCUCCACAGGAGAACUUUCAUCCGCCAGGAACCUCCGGCCGACCUGAGCCCGGACGAGGAGGUCUUUCUCUGUCGCACCACGCACGAAGUCUUCCGCAGCUACGAUGAGUUCUUCGAGAGGACCAUCCUGUGCAAUAGUCUGGUGUGGAGCUGCGCCCUGACGGGCCGGGCGGGGCUUACCUACCUGGAGGCGGUGGAGAGCGAGCGCCGAGCCAAGCAGAGCCUCCGCAACUUUCCACCGGCAUUGAUGGCGCCGCUGCUGCAUCUGGCGGCGCUAGGCCAGCGCUGCCGGCUGAGCGAGCUCUGCGAGGACGUCCUAACUUUCGUCAAGGAGCGCUUCUUCGUGGGCGAGACGGUGGACGUGGGCAGACACGACAGCGACAGGUACACGUGUGAGAUACUUCAGGUGCUGCCACCACAUUCCGCCAACGGCCGCGGCGAGUCCGCCCAGGUGGGCAGCGCCAUCGUCAUCAGCGACAGCGACGAGGAGGGCGACGCAUUCCAGGGAGCCGCGGCACAGGUGAGCGGGAAGACGCCCCUGACUCCGUCGGCGUUCAAGUACGUGGUCAGGGCCAUCAAGGACGCAGGCGCUGCGCCCUUCGCCGUCCGAGCCGAUCAGAUCAGUCGCAGAAAGAAGGUGAUGUCACGAGAGAGACUGAAGCUGCUCUUCAAGCAACACUGUGAGCCUGCCAACGGAACUAUCCGCGUCAAGACUUCCAGCGUGGUCAAGUACCGACUGGCCGAGCAUGACUUCUCACACUUCUUCCCCGACGAGCCACCGCACUUUCCCUGCAGUCCUGGUGCCAAGGUGCAGGGACAGGGCUUACCUGUACAGGCCAGCACGUCACUGCUGAAAGCGGACAAAGAAAAGCUGAAGGAGGAGCAGAGAAUAAAGUUUGAGGAGGAGAAGCAGAAGAGGAAAGAGGAGAAGGAGCACAGGAAGCAGCAGAAAGAUCAGGAGCGCGAGAAGCUGAAGGAGGAGAAGAAGAAGUUUGCAGAGCGACUGAAGCUGUGGAACAAACCCAGAGAAGACAUGGAGUGUGAUGACCUCAAGGACCUUCCCAGUCCUGUCCCCGUGAGGACUCGUCUACCAGCACAGCUCUUUGGACAGGCACUUAUGGUUCUGGAGUUCCUGCGGGCCUUCGGGGACGACUUUGGACUGAAAGACGAGUUCCCAGACGGAGUUUCUCUCGAGGUUCUUGAGGAGGCCUUGGUGGGUUCUGAUCCAGAAGGACCUCUUUGUGAGAUGCUCUUCUUCUUCAUGACCGCCAUCUUUCAGGCUCUGGACGAGGAGCGAGAGGAGCUGAGCAAAGACGAAGAUGUGUCAGAAGCUCCCGACCACGACACAGAUGGCGCCCACUCAGCCGUCAGCACCGCAUCGUCCUCAGCCGCUAUGUGGCCUCAGCUCCACCUGGGCCGCAGUCUACAGGAAGUGGACCUGGACAGCUGCACGCUCUCCGAAAUCCUCCGCCUCUACAUCCUGGCGUCCGGCGCCGACUCUAAUCACAGCAGCGCCAAGUUCCGCUACCAGAAACAAGGCGGCUUCACACUGGCGGACGACCCGUGCGUGGAACUGUGUCAGGCCCGGCCGGCGCUGAUGAGGAGGCUGGCGUGCACGUCCGUCUAUGACCUGAUGCCAGGUGAGAAGCUGAGUGUCCUGCAGGCUCUGGUAGGCAAGCUGCUGUCCCUGGCUUCCAGCAGGGACCUGAUCGAGGACUGCUUGGAAGAGCAGCGCGCUGCCAGGCAAGAACUACGAGAGGUGCGGGCCGAGCAGCACCGGCGCGAGCGUGAGGAAGCGGCACACAAGGUGCGUCUUCGCAAAGAGGAGCGCCUGCGGGACCAGGAGCAGCGCCUGAGGGACCAUGAGCAGCGUCUGAAGCUGAAGGAGCAGGAAGUGAAGGACCACGACAAAGUUGAGGACAGAGCUUCGCUUACCACCUCUGACCCCAAAGAACUGCCAUGCCCCCCCGCCAGCCUGACUACCGAGGAACGAGAGGAAGAGCAGGAGAAGGUGCAAGAGCUACAGGUGCGUAUCCAAAAGGCAGCGGCGUGCACAAGCCUGCAGCCACUGGGCAGGGAUCGCCUGUACCGCCGCUACUGGCUCCUCUCCUCAGCCUCAGCACUCCUGGUGGAGGAGGACAACUUUGGCCUGACGGAGGACAUGCUGCGGCCCCACCCCAAACACACCCACGACACCUCCGUUGAGAUGGACGGCGACCACCACCUGCAGGAGCCUGCAGAAGGAAGCGUUGGCUCAAGCCCUGUCCCCUUGUCCUCCUGUGAAUCGCCAGUCAGCCGUCCGAGCCAGUGGUUCUUCUACAGUUCGGUGGAGGAGUUGGACCAGCUGAUAGAUGCCUUGAACCCGCGAGGUCAUCGUGAAAGUGGCCUGAAGGAGGCGCUGCUGCAGGAGCGAGAACAUCUGCAGGAAGUUCUGCAGACCUGCGAGCGCAGCAAGUACACCUGUGCAGACGAUCCCGAGUCCUCCCGGUCCGUCCCAGAAUGCACGGCACCAGCCCAGACCCUAAUGGAGGCCAGACUGAGAGACCUGCUGCUGGACUUGGAAGAUCGCAUCCACCAAGGGAGCCUGGGAACUGUCAAGGUGAUGGACCGACAUGUCUGGCGCUUGGCUUUGGAAGCGGGAAACUACGAACUGCUGUGUCCUGACCAAGGGACCAACGCACCACGUGACGCUGUGGAGGUGGACUCCACUCCCAGACCACAGGUAGACAAGAUUACGGAGGGCGGCCGAGGGAACAUCAUGGUCCAAAGUCUGGCUCAGGCGCUAUCACACGUAGAGCGCGGAAUCGAAAGACGCUUCCUCAAACCCCCACUAGGUGAGGAGGACUGUAAGAAAGAACAGAAGACGAAGAAGAGCAAGAAGAGAGACGAGGACCAAGCCAGUGAGGAUGGCAGUGACAGCAGUCGUGUGGCCAAGUCGGUAUUGGAGCGAUGGAGGGAGUCCCUGCUGUCCUCUUCCAGUCUGUCCCAGGUCUUCGUGCACCUGUCCAGCCUGGAGGUCAGCGUUCUGUGGUCUCGUUCCGUCCUCAACGCUCGCUGCCGAGUUUGCCGGCGCAAAGGAGACGCCGACAACAUGCUGCUGUGCGACGCCUGCGACCGAGGACACCACACCCACUGCCUUAGGCCCCGCCUCAAGUCCGUCCCCGAAGGAGACUGGUUCUGUCCAGACUGUCGGCCCAAGAAGAAAUCCGUCCGCCUUCCCUCUCACCAGCGUCCUUGGCGUGACGAGGAGGAGGAGUCUGAGCAGGAGAUGCAAGAGGCCAACGAGGAGGAAGUUGUAGCCAGUGCCAAGAGAAGUCAGGCCCCGCCCCCUAGAAGCAGGAGCCAGCAAGCCACGCCCAAGAAUGUGAAAGACGCCACCUCCUCCAAGCCGUUGGACAAGAAGGCCACGCCCCUUGCAUCCAAGGCCAGCACUAGCAAAGCCCCGCCUACCGCCAGCAAGAACCAGGAACACAGCAGCAGAAAGGAGGGUCGCACAAAGACAACGGCAGACACGGCGCCACCUGCCCAGCCCUGCAAGCCCGUCCUCCCUCCCCCUUCGCCAUCGUCCAGCCGCCGCUCGUCCGGCAGGAACCACGGCGUCCAUGAGCUUUCUGCGUGCGAGCUCCUGAUCGUGGAGCUGGUCCGCCACGAGGACAGUUGGCCUUUCAUGAAGCUGGUAUCACGCACACAGGUGCCAGACUACUAUGACAUCAUCAGCAAGCCCAUGGCGCUGAGCACCAUCAGAGAGAAGGUCAACAACUGCCAUUACCUCUCCGCAGGCGAGUUCAUGGCAGACGUGGACUUGAUGUUCUCCAACUGUCUUCAGUAUAACGCUCGCCACACCAACGAGGCCAAGGCGGGGCUCCGCCUCCAGCAGUUCUUCCACUCGCAGCUCAGCAGACUUGGCCUAUCAGAGCGUGGCGAGACACCGCCCACCAAGCGAUCCCGCCAUUGAGGCCGCACGCGCUCCUUGACCCUUAACCCCCAGGCCGUCAUUAUUAGAGUACGGGGUACUUGUAAAUGGUGACCUUUGACCCUGAUAACUUGAUGUUCAACAUACUUACGGGGUCAAAGGUCACCAUUUUGAAGGCAGAACCUGACCAAACUACUGAGGCGACCUCUGACCUGCGUUCUCAUGGACCAAAGUCAAGAGGGUUCUUGCUGUAGGCCGUCAUCCAUCAUUCCACGUGUUUGAGUGUGCUGUCAACCAGCAGCACUCCUUCAAAAUAAGAGCUCUAAUAAGUUAUUAGCUGCUUAGCCUAGCUUAGCAUGUAGCUGAACACUGUUAGCAUAUUGAUGCUGUUCAUCUCAUUAAAGUUGUGUACUUGCUAGCAUUCAAGUUAUUUAUUUAUGACUCAUGUCCUGUUUACAAAAUAAAAGAUCAUAAAAACA